GUGAAAAAGGUAGAGAAGAAGAGUCAGUGGAGAGAAACAGAAAAAAAAAGUGUAGCUUUCCAUAUCUCCUCCUCCUCCUCCUUCUCUGUCCUUUCCUUUUCCUCCAUCGAAAAAGAUUUCGCCGGCGAUGGCGGUGGAAUUCUUAGCGAAGGAGAUGGAAACGGCGGUGCGUGUUGUGCACCUCGCUUCUUCCCUAUGUGUUAAAGUUCAGGACAAGCUUCGUCUCCCUUCCUCGACCAACGGUGGUCACGUUAAGUCCAAGGAUGAUGAUUCCCCUGUCACCGUCGCAGAUUGGGGUGUUCAAGCGAUUGUGAGCUGGGUUUUAGCCCAAGUUUUUGGUGGUCAAAACCUUUCGAUCGUUGCUGAAGAGGACACCGAGUCUCUCUCCAAGGCCGAGUCACUAGGACUCUUGGGAGCUGUCUCGAGCGCUGUAAACGAAGCCCUGUCUGAAGCUUCCAAAUACGGGCUUCCAAAGUCGGACAAGCCCUUGGGAACGGCUGAUAUUCUAGAGGCUAUUGGUCGAUGCAACUCCGUUGGAGGUCCUAAGGGAAGGCACUGGGUUCUUGAUCCCGUGGAUGGGACGUUAGGGUUCGUUCGUGGUGAUCAGUACGCUGUUGCUUUGGCUCUGAUAGAGAACGGUAAAGUUCUUUUGGGGGUGUUGGGAUGUCCUAACUAUCCUGUCAAGAAAGAAGGCUUGAGUAACGGUUGUAACCAACCUGGAGCCAAAGGGUGUGUCAUGUAUGCAAAGAGAGGAAGUGGUCAGGCUUGGAUGCAACCGUUGAUCCCUGGUGGAUAUCCGGAGUCUGCAACGCUUCUUAAGGUUUCAUCGGUUGAUGAUCCGGUUCUAGCUACGGUUUGUGAGCCGGUAGAGAGAGCAAACUCAAACCACUUGUUCACUGCAGGACUUGCCGAUAGCAUGGGAGUUAGGAAAAAGCCCAUGCGAGUGUAUAGCAUGGUGAAGUAUGCAGCGAUUGCAUGUGGAGACGCUGAGGUGUUUAUGAAGUUUGCACAGUCUAGUUACAAGGAGAAGAUAUGGGACCACGCGGCUGGAGUGGUGAUUGUGGAAGAAGCUGGUGGUGUGGUGACUGAUGCAGGAGGGAGGAACUUAGACUUCUCAAAAGGAGUUUACUUGGAAGGUCUUGACAGAGGAAUCAUAGCGUGUUCUGGUCAAGUUCUGCAUGAUAAGCUUAUAGGUGCUGUCUAUGCUAGUUGGGAGUCUUCCAGCCUCUGAAUAGCCUUUAGCCACAAGCCUCCUUUUGCUGCAGCAUCAGCGAGCUAACGUUUUUAACAGCAAGGUCGAGGCAAUUGGUAAGCUACGAUUUGCAAAGUGGGUGAAUGUAAAUCGGGGAGAAAGUAAAUAGUAUUAGAAGCAGCGGUAAAAAGAAUCUUACUAUCUUUUAUAGUAAUAAUAAAGCUGUUGCAUUCACGUACCCUUAAUGGAUGAUAUUUAGUUUUGUACCUUCAAAACUCGGAUUAUGUUUAAACUUUUUUUAACGAGCUGAAUUAAAUAGUAGUAAAAAAUGUUAUAUGAUA